AUGCGUAGCUUUUACGAUAUUAUUGAAGUCGAUGAGAAAUCGCCGAUAGAAGUGGUCAAAAAAGCAUACUUCGAUUAUCUGAGAAAAGUUCAUCCAGAUAAAGCUGAAAUAGUCGUAGGGAAUAACGCGGAAUUAUUGAAAACGAUAACUGGGAUUUGGAAUAAAGUCAAGAACAGCUCAACCCGAGAGGAAUACGAUUGCUGGAUUCGCGAGCAGCGCCUACGUGAAACCAAAGGAACUAUUGCCGAACAAAUAGAGAUUGACGAAGGUGAAGACGAUAUAGAAGAGUUUUGUCGCUGUGGUGAUAUCUACGAAGUUUCCCCAGAACAAAUUCAUCAGAUAUUGGACAAGUCGUUAAGAAUGUCGCUCGACGAGACUAGCACGAAAAUUCUUGUUCUUGGCGACAGUUGUGUUGGAAAAACGUCGUUGUGUAAUUGCAUUGCUGGAGAACCCGGAAAAGUAACGUCUUCCACAAUUGGAGCAUCGGUUAUAAUGGCAUGGCAUGAAUACCGAGCCGGAACCCCAGAGCAGCGAACUGAACUUUUAGAACUAUGGGACAUUGGUGGUAUGGUAGCGCAUAAGCAAAUUUCUCAAGUGUUUUUUGAGGGCGCAGUUGGCGCUAUUUUGGUUCACGACCUUACGAAUAAGAGGAGUGAAGAGAAUCUUUCUUCUUGGUUGACAAUGCUUGAUGGAAAACCUCGUAACUCUGUGAAAAACUCAAAAGAUCCCGCGGCAGUUGCACUUCGCGUAGAUAUUGAAAGUUGUCACAUUCCUGUGCUAAUUGUGGGAACGAAAUCAGAUUUGGUACCUCAUAAGGGUCCUAUUAGUUAUGAUAGGCUUCAUAUUGACUCCACCAAGCCAAUAAUUAAAGGAUCGACAAAUAGUAUAACUCUGUCAAGAUUUUUCGACUCUUGCCUUGAUCGAACACGUCGAACAUCCUUGCAAGGGCAUUCAUAUGGGCGCCCUCGUCGAGCUGGCGGCGUGACACCGAUUGGUGUAGUCUCGAAUCGGACAACAAGUCCUUUCACCACCAUUUCUAUUGGUUAA